UGCCUCUGCUCUCUCUGAAGCUUUGGAUCUUUUGUACUGUUUUACAAAGGCUUGGUCUGUGCUGUAUAUCACCUCCUCUUUGUUUUGCCUCUGACUUCAACCACUGAAGCCCAAAUUUUCUCUAGUUGGGAAUAUGACAGAGACAGAAAUGAAGAACCCAGAAGUUCAACAUGUUUCAUUUUCCCAGGGUAUCCGAAUGCUGUUUUACAUGAUACAGCCCAAUGAAACGUCUUUCCAAAACCUAGAAGAGGUGCCGAAUUAUGUAAAACAGGCAACUCCAUUUUUCAUUUCCUUGAUGCUGCUUGAACUUCUGGUCAGCUGGUUUCGCAAGGGAAAGCUUCCGGGCCGUUUGGAUGAUAUUCUGACAUCAAUAUCAGCUGGGGUUCUGUCUCGGCUUCCGCAUCUGUUCUUCAGGAGCAUGGAAAUGACCAGUUACAUUUACAUCUGGGAGAACUACAGGCUCUUCAGUUUGCCCUGGGAUUCAUCCUGGACUUGGUAUUUAACCUUCCUAGGUGUUGACUUUGGCUACUACUGGUUCCAUCGCAUGGCCCAUGAGGUUAAUAUUAUGUGGGCUGGACACCAAACACAUCACAGUUCUGAAGACUAUAACCUGUCUACAGCACUGAGACAAUCUGUCUUCCAGAAUUACACUUCAUGGAUUUUCUACUCACCCUUGGCCCUCUGUAUACCACCAUCUGUGUAUGCUGUCCAUCUCCAGUUCAACUUACUCUAUCAAUUCUGGAUCCACACUGAGGUUAUCAAUAAUCUUGGCCCUUUGGAACUCAUUCUUAAUACUCCUAGCCACCAUAGAGUUCAUCAUGGAAGAAAUCGUUACUGCAUAGACAAAAAUUAUGCUGGCACACUUAUUAUUUGGGAUAGACUUUUUGGGACAUUUGAAGCAGAGAAUGAACAAGUUGCAUAUGGUCUGACACAUCCCAUUAAUACAUUUGAACCUUUUAAGGUGCAGUUCCACCAUUUACGUUAUAUAUGGACUACAUUUUGGACCACACCUGGGUUCUUUCAUAAGUUUUCUGUCCUAUUUAAAGGACCAGGAUGGGCUCCAGGUAAACCACGACUUGGACUGAGUGAGGACAUCCCAGAGAUCACAGGAAAAGAAGUCCCCUUCUCGUCCCCAGCAUCUCAGCUGUUGAAGAUAUACACAGGGGUGCAGUUUGCCCUGAUGCUAGCAUUCUAUGAAGAGACAUUUGCAAAUACAGCAGCAUUGUCACAGGUAACUCUCCUUCUGAGGGUUUUUUUCAUUAUCUUGACAUUGACCACCAUUGGAUUUCUUCUGGAUCAAAGACCCAAGGGAGCCAUUAUGGAAACGCUCCGUUGUUUCGUGUUCCUCACAUUGCACAGAUGUGGUCACCUAAAGCCUUUUGUCCCUUCUUUGUCAUUUUUAUUUGAGAUAUUUUUUUCCAUCUGCAUUGCUUUCUGGGGUGUAAGAAGCAUGAAACAACUUGCCUCCUACCUUCAGAAAUAACCAAGGUGGACACAAUUAUCUUCUUUUAAUCAGUUGCCUGCAAAUUCAACAUAUAAUUACCAUGUAUGGGAAUGUGAUAACCUCCUGGAAUGCUUACAGGGGCUGAGUUUUUAAUGAAAGAUGAAUAAAACUAUUAACCCUU